AAAUACUUUUUUACAAAUAUGUUUACCCGCAAUAUCGUCAGUCAUGCAAGCCAAUUUUGGUCCUGUACGAUCGCGUCUCUUCGUGGAGGCACGUGUCGAAGCAAUGGUUAUCAAAAUUGUCGAUUCUUGGCCAGUGCAAAGAAAUCUGACAAACAGCCAUCCGAAAAGGAAAGCUUCAUUGAAGCCGAAAAGAUGAGCAUGAAAGAAUGCAAGCUACCUCCAGAACAACGAAUAAAGAAGGAGAAGCCACGACUUCAAACUAUUCGUGUAUACCGUUGGAGCCCAGAAAAACCAAAUGUGAAACCGCACAUGCAACAAUUCAGUGUGGAUUUAAAUAAAUGUGGCACUAUGGUGUUAGACGUAUUAACGUUGAUAAAAGCAGAACAUGAUCCUACAUUAUCCUUUCGAAGAUCUUGUCGAGAGGGAAUUUGUGGAACUUGCGGGAUGAAUAUAAAUGGUGUCAAUACCUUGGCUUGCAUCACAAAGGUGAAGGAAUCAUCGAAGCCUAUAAUCGUGUAUCCUCUGCCACAUACGUAUAUAAUUAGAGACUUAAUACCAGACAUGACGCACUUUUUGAAACAAUACGAAGAAGUCGAUCCAUUUUUAAAGCGUCCCGGAGAAGAAAAUUUCCUUGGUUUACGACAAAUUUUACAGAGUCCAAAGGAUAGGAAUAAACUCAAUGGAUUGUAUGACUGUAUACUUUGCGGAUGUUGCACAUAUGCUUGUCCACCGUAUUGGUGGCUUGGCGAUAAAUUUUUAGGUCCCGCAACUCUUCUGCAGGCAUACAGGUGGAUUAUGGAUUCACGAGAUAUGGGGCAUAGGGAAAGACUUAGUAAAUUGCGAGAUUAUUUUUCGGUAUAUCGUUGUCACACUAUCUUUAAUUGUACUAAGACAUGUCCAAAGGGCUUAAAUCCGGGGAAAGCAAUCGCUCAGAUAAAGAGAUUGCUAGCAGGGUUAACUAAGAAAAAGCGACCAGAAAUGGAAACUUCGCUUCCAAAUCCAUGCAGAGGCGAUGAAAUAUUUCCGUGUAGAAAAGAGUGAACUUAAAGGAAGAGAAAAUACUUGAUUAAUAAAACAUUAUUCUUGAAAUGAUUUGUAAUUGUAUAUAAACCGGUUUUUCUUCUUAUGUACAAAGUGUUGCUUGUUUUAAACUGAAAAAUUAUCAGAAUAACAAUUUCCUGAUAUGCAGACUAUUAAUUUUAUCAUACUAAUAUACAUAUAUAAAUUUGUGUAGCAAAAACGUAACACGCAUACAUAUAUAUAGUAUAUACUUAACAAAUUUUUACUGCUGCCGACGAUUCAGAAUAUGACAUAGAAAAAUAAUUUUUUUAAAUAGUUACUUGAAUAACAUUUUGGUAUAUAUCUUAGUUAUUGUAUAUUUUUUUAAUAAAUAUGUUUGGAAUACUAAUACUGUAACUGAAUCUGUAAGGUAAAUUAGUUUAAAGUGUAAUUACUUUACAUAUCACUAUCAAUUAAUGUAAAGAAUGAUGGUAAAUUAUGCUUUUAUCAAAUAAAUAGUUUUGUAAUAAAAAGUUUUGUACAUAAAAAUACAGUAGAAUUUUCUGUUU